CGUGCUGAUUGGUUAGGGUUUCUUAUAGUUUGGGGUUUUUUUGCAGCACUGCACAUCUCCAGUGCUGGAAACAGAAUCAGGGAAUAUAAGAGCCGGCUUGUUCUGUUUGCAGUUUGGGGUGGAGAUGCUUCGCUCUCAGGUGCAGGUGCUUCUGGUGGCUCUGGGUUUGUCUGUGCUGCUGGUGCGGGUCAGCACGGCUCCAUAUAGGGACAUGCUGGCAGAAACAAUGAGAGCAGACCUCACAAAUGACAAGGAUCUGACUCACUGGCUCUUGCUGAAGUUCAUGGCUGAACUGAGGGCGAGAGGAGACGAGACAAUGCGAGGCAGGGCGGGGGUGAUGAGGCGACACCUUCCUCUGUCCCAAAGAGAGCGCAAAGCCGGCUGCCGCAACUUCUUCUGGAAGACUUUCACCUCAUGCUAACAGCAGGAGUUUUUUUUUUUUUUUUUUUUUAAAGGAUGCUUGCAUGUUUGCUUUCUUUGUAGUAGCUGGAUUAUUUACUGCAAGACAACAAAUGUACAGAUACUUUGAAAGCUGCAAACAGUAAAAAGAGUGUAUGCUUUAAAACUGGCAAGCGUGUACAUGUCUGAAAUAAAUUUUCCAGUUUAGAAGGACAUCCCGGUUUCUCUGUUCUGUGGAGCUGGUUUCACAGGAAAUUUGAGCAAGUUUAGAAAAGGUUAUGAACAAACACACAGACGAGCAUUUUACAGUUUAACAACACAGUGAGAGACACAUACCGGUAAGUAAAUUUGAAAUCUCAAAUAUGAGAUUGGAUUACUGCUGAGAUAACAACCCAACAUAAACACUAGAAAUAACCGGUGUUGUCAGAAGAAUUAUUAAAGACACACACUUUCCACAUGUAGAGAUAUGUGAUCAGCUUCCAAGCAACAGAAUCGAUAAAUUUCCAUCCAUGUUAAUUAUUAAGAGUCACCCAUCAACCUUACCUGGCGAGCACUCUUUGGCGGGCUACAUCACAAAAGAGAGACGUGGAACUUA